AUGGAGCUCCUCGCAAGUGGGGCUUUCAAAUUGGAUCAGGAAGGGAAAGGAUAUGUGCAAACAACCCAAUCAAUCACAAUUCCGGAAUGUCCGAGUUGCCAGGAGGAAUAUUCUUUGAGAGAUGCCAAAAAAGAGCCAUUCACUCUCCAUUGUGGACAUACGGUGUCUCUCCUCGAAAUGUUCCAAUGCAUGGAUUGUGGGGAUAAAAUGUUAUGCUCCCGAUGUUCUUGCAAGAAUCAUCGUCUUCAUCAGAUUAUCGAUCUUGAAGUUGUUGAGAAACUGUGGCAAGUGACUCGCGAAACGAUCAUCCCACAAAUUGAGGCCUACAAUGCCUGUUUCCCGGAACUCCAAUCGAAUUUGAUCAAGAAUUUCAAUAAGUGCCAAAAGAAAAUUCUCAGUCGAACCGAUCAAGUCGCUUACUUCAAUGGGUUUGCAGAAGCAAAGGAGCAACAGAAGGCUUGCCUAGCAUUUGGCGAGAGAUUCGAGACGAUUUGCGAGAAAUAUUUGGGUGAAUUGCGGUCAUUCAACACCGGUAUUGAGAAGCUCAUCGAUGACAUCAACGAGUCGCCAAAA